AUGUCAUUAUCAAGCCACUAUCAUGCGCAUAAGCCGAAUGUGCCUAUUAUUAUGGAGGAUGUUUUUGGAUGGGUAAGAGAAGGCAAUACAUUUCAAGUACGUGUAUGGCUUGAUGAUUCUGAACAUGAUCUUAAUAUUGGAGAUGAUCAUGCCUUCUCACUGUUACAUUGGGCAUCAAAAGAAGGCCAUGUAAGUAUUGUGGAUUUAUUGCUGUCUCGAGGAGCGCGUGUUAAUGACACGAAUAUGGGCGAUGAUACGAGUUUGCAUUUAGCUGCAGCACAUGGACAUCGCGAAGUCGUAGUGAGAUUAUUAGCUCGGAAAGCUGACGUGAGCGCAGUUAAUGAACAUGGAAUGACUCCUUUACAUUAUGCAUGCUUUUGGGGAUAUGUGCAGAUUGCUGAGGAUCUUAUUCGGUGUGGUGCUCAAGUAGGUGCAUGUAACAAGAAGGGUCAGACAUCACUUGAUAUUUGUCAACCGCAAGCUCGUAAUUCAAUCAUUGAAUUAGCAAAAGAAUAUGGCCAAAAUAUUAAUCAGAAAAUUACUUUCAAAGAUCACAACUGGAGUGGUACAAAAACGCGUACUAGAGAUGCUACUCUUUCUCGCUAUACUGGUGUUGAUAUGUCAUCGCUUAGUUUAUCAAUUAAAAUAGCUGAAUCGCACAGUGGUGAACUUUGGCGUGGUAAAUGGCAAGGGAAUGACAUCGUUGCUCGGAUACUUGCGAUUCCUGAUGUUACUCCUCGGAUAAGUCGGGAAUUUCAAUCAGAAUUCCCUGCUUUAAGGUGCUAUUUGUUCUUCCAUUUAAAAAGUCGUAGAAUCGUAAUUUUAUUCUAUUAUAAAAAAUUUGGACAUAAAUCGACAAAAUAUUAA